AUGUGCCAGAAAACACUUGUAGGGCGAGGAUCACUUAUGAAUUAUUCUCUUACUGCAAGUGCAAGAAUAUACUGUAGACCCUAGAGAAAGCUUCGUCCUUCGUUCCAACAUGCCAAAGAGUGCUGCUAUUCCAAUCCCCAAACAGCUAUCUUCAAUUAAGGCAUUGGGGAAAGGAUCUGAUCUAGAGAAAGCCAUCGCCACAACAGUACUUGUCUAUAAUUCACAUGCAGACGUCGAUGGAAAAAUCAGCAAAGCUGGGGCGAAGGAGUUGUUGCAAACGCAGUUCCAGAACUUUGCUCAGGGCCAAGAUACAAAACCAAAGUACAAAGAACUUAUUACAGAUCUGGAACAAGAUAGUGAAGGACAAAUGGACUAUGAAGACUUCAUGGUCCUGUUGCUAAGUGUGACUCUGAUGUCUGACCUUUUCAAGGAAAUCCGACAAACUAAGAACACCAAGUGAAACGCAGUGAAUAAGGCUCCACCCACCACGAUGACCUUAUGGCAAACUUACAGCCCCACCCCUUUGUAUCUUGGGAAGGCAUAUGUUUGACUACACUAAGGAGAAGGAGGCAUUCAGUCCUGGGUUUCUAAUAAAACACAAAGCCAAAGUUCACUGUUUUGGAGACAUUGGGAGAAAGUUCUUUGUUCUACAUGUAGUUUAAGUUCAUGAUUAUAGGUAUACUGUAAUUUAAUUAAUUAAAAUAUCUUAAGUACA